GGUAACUGUGGAAACCAGCGCUUGACGGUUAACGGUUGAGUUUUGAAUUCCGGUGUUGAGUCGUAGCGGACGGAGAGGAGGAGGAGGAGGAGGGGGCGCUGCUAACACGGUUUAGCCUGCUGUGUGGCUCUCUAUUCGGGGGUUAGCCUGCUGUAAAUGUUAGCGCUCUCGGUCCUCUCUGUUAGCCAGCUUUAAUCACUUAUUAUAACAGGACAGCACAGCCGACCUUUGCUUACAUUAUAGCGGGUCACUUUCACUGCUGCCGUCGCCCUCUACGUGUUUUGUGAGACGGGGUAGCGGAUCAGGACAUACAACAGAUCUUAACUUCAGUUAUCACCAUGCAUGUGUCUAACUACCAGAAGAUUUGUGUUAUUUGAAAAGAUUUCAGGAGAAAAAAAAGACUCAGAGGAAUACAAGAACUCAGUCAGUAGACACAAGCAACAAUUACCCAGUACUUAGACAUGGCCAGCACCCAGACCAGUUUGAAAACCCCUUUCAAAGACUUGACCUCAUUCAAAGGCAACAUGAAACGGCUUUACAGAGAGCGACUGGAGGAUGCACCCAUCAAGAAGCGAGUGAUGGCAGAGAUGAACCUGAAGCGUCGCAGUUUAGAUUCCCUCCCCAAAAUUCCAAAGGUGAAGAGGGAGCAGAUAGAGGAUCUGCACCACGACUCUGACAUGGAUGUGGAGGGCCGAGCUGAACUGCACGUGGUGGGCUCUGGUAAAGCCCUGGACCUGAGCCCUGGGCUCAAACACACACUGGCUCAAUUCACCCUUAGCAGUCAGAGCUCCUUGGGGGGCCCAGCUGCCUUCUCAGCCCGUACUGGCCACGAGCAUUCCGCAGCCGGCAUGCCCCCCCUGCCUUCCCCUCCUGUUCUUGGAGGGGGCCCUCUGCUGGUUCCCUGUGACAGCUCCACUGAACUUACCCACUCGCUGCUGGAAGGAGAGUCUAUCUCCUGUUUUGUUGUUGGAGGAGAGAAGCGUCUCUGCCUGCCUCAGGUGCUCAACUCUGUUCUCCGAGACUUCUCGCUGCAGCAGAUCAACACCGUUUGCGACGAGCUCUACGUGUACUGCUCACGCUGUGACGCCGAGCAGCUGCACAUCCUCAAGGUGCUGGGCAUUCUGCCGUUCAAUGCACCUUCCUGUGGCCUCAUUACGCUGACGGAUGCACAGCGGUUGUGCAAUGCUCUUCUGCGUCCUGGGGCAGCUCUGCCUGCUGACCCCAGUGGAAAGCUGUCGAACCAUGGCCUGCUGAAGGAGAGUGAAGCCAGCUUCCAGGUGGAGCACCAGUGUUUGGGGAAGUGCCAGGGUCUUUUUGUGCCCCAGUUCUACACCCAGCCUGAGGCACCCUGCAUCCAGUGCAUCGAGUGCCAGUUGCUCUUUUCACCACAGAAGUUUGUCAUGCAUUCACACAAGUCACCUGAUAAGAGAACCUGCCACUGGGGCUUUGACUCGGCCAAGUGGCCCUGCUACCUGCAGCUUGCCAGGAAGUACCAAGGCACAUCUGAGGAGGCAAAGCUCAAGCAGCAUCUUGACGAGGUCAAAGAAAAGUUCCACUACAAACUCAAGAGGUCGCUAGACAAAAAGGCAGUAGAGGAGGAGGAGAGCCAGGUGAGGAAAUCCUCUGCAGGACUCUGCUCCCCUGCCAGCAAGUUACCAGACUCCGACCCUGCCAGAAAGGGGAAGACAUCUACACCCAAUCUGAUGUUCAACCGUCUUUUCUCUGACAUCAAGGAGGAACCAGGACACCCCACCAUGGUCCAUCCCAGUUACUACCUGUACACUUAUGAUAAGAUGGUGGCUCCCAACGUGUCUCUGGAGAGGGAGGCGGAGAUGAGCACUGAAAUGCUUGGAGCACUGCUCAAACACCACUACAGCCGCAGAGUGCUGGGCCACGAUGAGCCGCCCAUGGAUCUCCAUGCAUCUCCUCCCCUUGCUGCUGGCGCCGAGGAGGCCAAAUCUCAACGUGCCACUGCUGCCUCGGCCACCGAGCGGGAAUGCCAAACCCUGGCAGUUUCCAUGGAGACAAGCAGCCCGAGCUGCAAGAAAGCCACCCGCAACCCCACCCACACCCCUCCUCCUCCUGCUUCGUUGUUGUCACCAGUAACGGAAGUAGUGGCUAAGGACACGGGCUGUGCAUCGAGCAGCGCUGCAGUGGUGGUGGGGGGGCUGGAGGACGACAAGGACAGGAUUGUUGUGGAGAUCAUGCAGAUGUACAGCAAACAGCAGGAGAAGCUCAACUCCACCCUGCACAAGCAUCUGCAGCUGGAAAUGGAGCUAGAGGCAUUGCGUGGAGGAGAAGCGGCGAGGCUGCGGGAGCUGAGCGCAGAGCAGCGGGAACUGCGCUGCGAGCUGGAGGCGGUGCACAGUGAGCAGGCGCGACAGCUCAGCCAGGCCCGCCAGGAACAGCUGGAGCUGGAGACGCGUCUGGAGCAGCUCCGACAGCAGGCAUGUGCCUGCGAGCCAGGGACACAACGCCAGCAAGAGGCCCAGUACACUGCACAGUUGUCAGAGCUGCGUCAGAGGCUGGAGCAGGCGGAGGCGGACCGGCUGGAGCUGCAGGAAGAGCUGCGUAGGGAGCGAGAAGCACGGGAAAAACUAGAGCGCACAAUCUCUCAGCUCAAGCAGCAGAUGGCCCAGUCUGGCACGAUGGGAGGCAGCCCCUCUCCGCCUCUUACCCCGUCCACCGGACCCCCUAAUGUCCACUCUCCGCCCUCCUCCUCCUCUUCUUCCUUCUCUGAGGCCCCAUCGGCUGGCCAGAAGUAACUGCAAACCCCUCCAGGCGCCUCCCCUCCCUCCAUCAUUCCUCUCCCAAUCACCCGCCAACUAUACUGACACAAACAAAUCAGCCAGCGGCAGAAAAGAGUUUCACAUCUCCUCCAGGCUGUUUUCAACUUGUGCAUCACCCCCUCCCUGUUUUAUUUCAGCGUAGGACUGACUUUUGUUUGUAAUUUAACAUCACUUAAAAGAAAAAUGUUAUGUUGUUUUUAUGCUUAUUUCUUUUGCUCCUUGCCUGUGUUCAAACAGUAUUUAAAGUUUUUAUGAGGGGCUUGUAUGUUUUGAUUUUAUUUAUAAUUUUUACCGAACAAACAGCUGCUUUACAGACAGGAGUUUGAUCAACUCGACCCAUCACCAUUUCUUUCUCCCUCCCCAAUUGUCAAACUCCUCUUCACCCCUUAUCCCCUGCUCUGGACUCUGCAGCUAAUGACUUGAGAUGUCUGACUUCAGUUCAGACUCCAGACUUAUCUCAGCUCCUCACUGAUGUGAGGCUACUACCUGGCACAACAACUGGUGCCCACAGACACAAAAUGGCACCCGGUUGCUGUGCCCAUUCUCCAUCUUUCUGUAUGUACAGCCCAAACGCUCAAUAACCAGCGACUGCAGGUAACUGCAUGGACAUUUCAAUUGUUUUUUUUUUCUGUUAUGAAAACAUAAGAGGAGUGUAAUAUGUAAAAAAAAACAAAAAAAAAAAAAAAAAAACAUCAAAUCUAUAUGGAGAAGAAAGACCUUUACUGUACAAAUAAGACAAAUGUUGUAAAACCUCAUGAAAAUAUGCCAACAGUGACGCUGAACUUGAAAUGAGUGUUGAGUGUGAUCCCCUAAAAGGUAGCUGGCUUGUAAAUGAACUGGCCUGUUAGACAGUUGGUCCUCACAAAGACUACUUUUCCUCUUCCCUCUGCUGGGUAACACCUGGACUCUCCUGUUGUAGACCAAACAGUCUGUCAGUUGAUCCGCCAGCUGCCCAGCGUCUCCUCUAACUCCCCCCUCCUCUUCCCCCCCUCAUCAGAGGAGGCCUCACACCCUCCACCACUGUACGCUAGCAAGAUUGCCCUCUGCUUGGAAACACCUCCAUGCUGUUGUUUUUCACCCACUUCGGGCUGGACAGGAAACGCUGUAUUGUUUUCAGGCUUGGCAUGAAGAAGCUCAUGAGCAGUGUUGUGCACUUAAGGCGCUCUCCUCCCCCAGAAUCCCCUGGGAAUGGAAUGUGUCUGGACACAGGCGCUGUAGCUUUUCUAAGAAAGAAGAAAGGCAGAGUCUCACAUGUGCGGGUAGCUGUGCUGUGAGUAUAAUACAUACGACAUUGACUGUGUCAGUGCAGUCCAGGCAUUCAGGCAAAACAAUGGCCCCAGCGUUCCCAGCAGAUGAUCAAAGCUCCAGUCUGCCCCUGUUUUCUGGGCUUCUCUUUUUUGUAUGAUCUGACUUCAUUGUUGGCAGACGGUUUUAUCCCCACCCUGUUCGACACAGCGUCUUCUUAGAAUGUGGGCCACAGGUGAAAGCAGUUAGUCCAGUGUGGUUUGGGGCUCAAAUUCAGCCCUUGCUUCACGUUAUUCUGCCUGGCUGAACAAACAGCACCAGACAGGGAGAGGAAGCGAGGGGAGCGCUCAGGGGGGACUGGUGCACUCUUACCCGCGGCAGGCUGGGUGGCCCGAACACAAGAGGUACAGAGGGAACCCUUUUUGUUUUGUGCCGUCAGAAUGGGGGCAGCUGUUGUUGUCUAGGGGCCUGUGCUAGCCCUCGGGUGAGACUGUACAGGAGCCCCCAUUUCCCAACAACCUCCCACCCUCCUCUAACACAGAACAACCGUCACUAACUCACUCACUCACACACAUACCCGUCCAUCCAUCUCCAGUGCAGGAUCAGCUGGGGGUGUGCAUUGUUUUAUAGAUGCCCAGGAGAGCGAGCAGGCGUCCAGCCAGAGGAAAAGAGGACUUUAUUGUUUCAGUUGCCAGGCAAAAGUGCUUUUUAUUGCCACAGAGGAGAUCCCUGUAAGCCAGUGUGUGUGUGUGCGUGUGUGUGUGUGUGUGUGUGUAAAUAAUUGUUUAAAAAGAGAAGGGAGAUCGGCCUCAGCUCAACUCUAGGCUUUUUUUAUGCAUCUGCUCUAAAUGCAAAUUGAUAGACAUUCCACUGUGCUCCAUCCUGUUUGAUGCAGAGUUUCUUACACAGCUUCCCUUUACAAUAACAGACUUUAAAGACCAGGCGGAGGACAGUUGUGAUUUGUUGAUAGACAUGCAAGCAGGUGUAGGUGCAAGCCAGUAAAAUCCAACCCAUGCAGCAAAUGUACACUUCACUGUUGUUCCAUUUAAACCUUUAUUGAAAUUAUGAAAGAAAAUAUUUAACGUAUUAACUAAAGAUUUAUAUUCACUUUGUAAAUACAGUAGUCAUUAAUAUAUUAACUGUUCUUAUAUAAAAAAAAAUCUUCAAAAGGUUAUAUAAAUUGGACCAGAUUUUGCUUUCUUUUUCUUAAGUGGUCUUUGCAGAUAUAAGAACUUGACCUUUGUCAAGUGCAUACUGGGAAGUGAAAUGCAUGGUUUACUGAGAUGUGAUGCUGGACAAAAUAGGAAAAAAAUAUGUUGUUACACACUUCCCCCUUUCUGAAAUGUUUUUUUUGUGUGGACUUUUCAAUGUGUAAUGUAACAAACUUCUAUUCCUUCUUUUCUAAAAACCCUCUCCCUCAAGCUAAAUUGAAGAUUUGUUGAAGAAAAGGCAUUUUGGAAAAAAAGAAAACAAACAAAAAUGAUUUUUUUUUUUGUUUUGCAUGUUUUGCUGCCCCUAAUGUUUUGUGACACAGGGCCACUCUAUCAAUCUGUUCAUUGAUUUAAAAAAAAGAAAAAAAGAGUUUCCCCCCACAUUACGCACAAAAACUAUUGAGAUGGCUCAUAUGCAUGAACAUUGAUCUGUGCAAGUUUUAUAUCCUUAUUGGUUUAGAGAUUGGCUGAAUAUUGAGUCAGCAUAUGAAGAACAUAAAAUGUAGCCUCAUUUGAUUUGGAAAUGAUGUGAGUGUGCGGUUAAGAGAGAGAGAGAGAGUGUGUGUGUGCGCGCGCCUGUUUGUUUGCUUCCUACAUCUGAAGCAGCUUUGAAAAGGGAAAGAGUGAAACUUGUUCAUGUUGUUCUGGACGUGUAGUUAUAUUUUCUGAUUCUGAUUAUGAACCCAUGUCUGGAUGUGUUGACAUCACUCAAUGGAUAAUCAGUGUUAGAUUUAUUGACUAAUUAUCAUCAUCAAAAAAUCAUUGAAAUGAAUCACGAGCAGAUAAAUAAAUCUGCGUUUGCCAUUUUACUUUGUGUGUAAGUCCCAUUUUAUACACAAGGGGGCAGUGUUUGGCUUCUCUCUGAUUGUUUACCCUUAUUGCAAAAAAAAAAAAAAAACUUAAUGUGAAAGAAACAGGAGGAAACUUGUGACAUGGUUUGCUGGGCCUUUUUGCAUUUUGCAGUGUUAUGAGAACUUGGAUAUGAUUUGUACAGAAUUGAACUGGUGUGACGUUUGCCCAGCCGAUAAAAUAAAGUGAACGGAGAAGAGAUUUAUCACCUGAACCACAUUUGAAUACUGAGCUGAUGUAUAACAUCAGCCGGUAAAUCUUUUUCCAUUGUGUAAGACUGAUCACACAGAUCACUAGUUAAUAAGAGGUACACCAUGUUUAACUUUACACUCAUCCUGUUAUAGAUGAAACAGAACAUAUAUAUAUAUAUCAUGCUUGGCUUAAAAAGAAUCCCUUUCCCCCUCUUAACACUGUUUAUGAAACAUGAAACACAGUGUCUGUGUAUGACCAUUGCAUACUACUUUGCCAAUACUACAGUGUGAUGAGACUUUUGUUCUUGCAUGAAUCGAGACACUGUUCUCCUACCUCAUGUUGUGAUAUAAAAGAUGUUUUUUAAGCAGAAGACACUGCAUCUCUGUUUAUCAUUGAUAUUUACGAGUAAAUUACAUACAUGUAAAUGCUUUUAGCUAAUACCUCAGUUGUAUCUAGUGUUUGUUAUUUUCUGUUAUUAUUUUUUUUUCCUUCCCUCAAUUUCCGAUCUUGUAAAUAAACCCUGUAUAGACAAUGAACUUGGAUCAAAUUCAAGUAAAGUUCUGUAGUGUCAAACCAG